CGGUGUCAGCUACCUCCCCGUCUUGGAUACUCUCGUUUCACCGAUGAGAAACAUCAACAUAGUAACCCGGGAAAGGCGACCUCAGAGGCGGGUGGCGACGUUUCUUUUCGGGAAUCUUGCAGCUAAACCUUCACCUGGAGAUGCGGUUGUCUGGACAGACGCUGGGACAAUGUCUGCACGUCGCUAGAAAAAGUUGCUAGCUAGUUGUUGGCACCGCCGCUAGCUAACGUUAGCUGGCUAGCGGUGAGGCUAGCAAACAGACAGCUGAACGAAAGUGAAGCAGAAGUCCAGAGAAGUUCGGAUUUUCUCAUCAUGAGGACGUCGGCGUGAAUGUGGACAUCUAGAGACGCCGGAUUGUUUCCCUAAAGGUGAACGGGAGAGAUGAGGAGCAGCAGGAGGACUGAGGUUUCUCUUAAAAGCUCUGCUCAACAGCUUACCGAUCACAAUAUUGACACAGAGCUGACAUUUGCAUGGAAAAGUUUGGCUCAGGGCAAAGCAGCUCUGCGGCACAUAGAAAACCGUAUAGAGGCAACUCCAGGAACAGGGGUUCUCCUGGACUCUGUCAUUAGCUCGCAGAAGAAGAAAUCUUCCAGGGGGGUUCGCUGCAGGGAUGGACAACAAGUUCAUGACCGUGGAGGAUCUUCAAAGUCCUGGAGUGGAAGUCACCAGAGUCCAGAGAAGAGUAGCUCACGCAGCCCUUUGAGGAACACAACUCAGGACAGCAAUGUCUGCAGGAGCAACAGUGUGGAGUUCAGGGAACCGCUGGCCUCAUACAGAGAGGCCACCCCUCCACCACAUCCCUCCUCUCAGCUGGAGGCCUACAGUCUGCAGUGGGUGCCAGGGUCUUCGCACCCAUCCUCUCCGCCUCCCUCAGAUCCUCUGCCCAGCCAGCUGGUUUACCAUAGAGACACCAGGGACAGACAGACAGACAGGGACCUGGACAGCACACACUCCUCAGCUCUGGAGAGCACUGAGGUGCGCUACCUCAAUGACCAGCUAGCCCUGGAAACUUUGAGGACUGAGCAAAACGCUCCCAAAGCACAACUUGGCAUGGAUAGUCAAGAGUCAAGCCCGUACGUGGCUCCCACUCCAGGAUCUGUACGGCGAGGGGACAGCACUCCCUCCACCAGCCCUGGGUCAGCUUCCCAGCGACUGGAGAACCUGAGGCGACAUCAGCCCGACAAUAAGCUGGAGAAGCUCAAAGAGCGCAUUCGGAGGCAGAGACAACAUCUGGAGGAGGCUGCAGAAAGAGAGAAGCUGCUGGGUUCUGUGGAACAGCCCACGAUGGUAACUGUGGAGAGUAACAGUGCUGCUACAAGCAACAUGCCCACAGCCAAAAUACGCAAAGUAGCAGCUGCUCCGCCUGCGCCUGUAUACAAAGGUUUCAACAGUACUGAGACAAAGAUCCGGACUCCUGAUGGGAAAGUUUGGAAGGAGGAGGAGUUUCAUAACCUCAGCAGAGAAAUAUACAAAGACCUGUCACGACAGUUCGCUGAGAGCACCAGAUCCCAGCAUCAGCAGCAGAAGGAACACAGAGCAGACCGGUCCAAAGAGAGGAGGCCUCCCAAACCAGUCAGGAAGGUCCACAGAGCCGCCCCUGCUUUUGACCUAAAUGCAAAAACAGUAAUUAGCCCUGCAUCGUGGCGGGAGGGACAGAAGCUUGUAAAGAUGGUUCUGGGUCCUGGUCCUAAGCUGCCCAGGGAGGAGGAUGGUCCCUAUCCAGCUGACAGCCGAACAGCUUCCCAUCGCCACUCAGACCCACGUUCAGAAUCGCGCAGUCAAUCUCGGCCAAACAGCACAGAAAGACCUCGAAGUGGAGUUCAGGGGCAUCCCAAAAGUCCCCCCGCAGCCACAACCCUCCCCUCGUCUGCAGCUCAGGACAAGGCCCCUGUGGGAGUAAGCACAGACCUGCUGUCAGCGGACAUCCAGGGGAUUCUUGAUGACCUUCAGCUGGUGUGCAAAGCAGCUGAGAAGGAGGAGGAGAGGGCCAGGAAAAGGUCCCGGGGUGGCAGCAGUGGUAGGAGAGGCAGAGGGGGCUCAGGGUCACGAACAAGGACUCCGGUCUCUUUUUGGGGAACUAAUCUGCCAGCAAGCAGCUCUUCGAGAGGCUGCCGCAGCGCCAGCCCAACUACACACCGACCAGAAACCUCCAACACGGCUGAAGCAGGGCGCAAGAAACGGCACUACGACGCAGACACGGUUCGCCAGUACAUCACCCGGCAACAGGAGGAGAGGAAGAAGCGUCAGGCGGAGGAGAAGAGGGCGAUGAGGGAGGAGGCAGAGAGGAGAAACCAGAGACUGCAGGAGCUUUACAGGAAGCAAAGAGAAGCUGCUAAGACUGCAGCUCUUCCCAGUGAGGCCCCUGUGGCCCCUGUACAAAAACGACUACAGGAGACGUACAGCAAGCUGCUGCUGGAGGAGGCCCAGCUGGGCGAGGAGGCCACACAGACACAACGACCUGCUCCUUCUAGUCAAAUGAGACCAAUGUACCAGCCCUCAGGAGAGUCGGACAAAGAGAACAAAAGACUAGAGGCACCACAGAGCCCCUCGAGCAGUGAUAGAUCUUUGAAUGAUCAGGCUCCUCCUCCGUUGUUUAGGAAUGAUCUGGAUGUUGGAGUCGCCUCUUUUCUUCAACCAGACCAUCUCUCCCCAGCUGUACGACCUACAACUGUUGCCAGCAGCAGCGCACGAGCGGCCGUCGGUGAGAAUCUCUUCUCCCAGCUCUUAAGGCUGGAGACGGCAAUGGCUGUUGGUGACCUCAAGCACACCCUGCGUCCGGCCACAGCACCUUCCAGCAGGUCGCGGUCCAAAAUGUCCCGCAUUGAAGCCCUCAAGGCCACAGCUACAUCCCUCUCCAAACGUAUAGAGAGCGAAGCACGGAAGCUGGCAGGGGAGGGAGUCAACUAUGGUGCAGCAACUUCAGUGGAUGUAGAUCCUGUUUUGGCGCCUAUGCCCUCUACUCUUGCUGAUGGAUGCUGGGCAGAAACAGCCACAGAAAACAAUGACAUGACUAUGAAGAUCCAGAGGAUUUUGAGUGACACAGGUCACAGUUCAUACAACGGCACAGCUCUUCCUGGUGUGGGCAACCUGCAUGCCUUCAAGGAGCAGAAGGAAAACAACGAUACAUACGCGGGCUUCACCAAUCCACAUACAACAUCUGCUGAUGCAGUAGGACCUGUUCUUAACAGCUACACACAUGAAAGGAUAAGGCUAGUCAAUGGCUUGGAGAAGGAAGAGAGAUUGGAUAAAGCAGCACAAAGGAAGCAAUCUGACAAGGAGGAGAAUCGUACAGAUCUCCACGACUCAAAUACUAGUUCCCUGAGUGAGGGUCCUCUGCUGAGUGAAGGGAGUUUUUCUGAGGACGAGGUUAGCCCUCCUCGCCCCUCCAACUCUCGUGUACCUAAAUCAGCAGAUCGUCUGGAGUCAGUGGAUUACUCUGCAUGGCAAAGAAAGAAUUACACGCGGCUGUUUGACUUCCAGAGGGAGGCAGCGAUGUGCCCGGCCCUCAGCCCGCCACAGCACGACAGCAGCAGACCCAUCUUUGAAGAGCUAAACAAAGGAAGCCCACUAAGUGUAAUCAACAUCUUCUUAAAAAAUAUUGAUGGCCAUGGUAAAGUGAGUGGGAGAAAUUCAGAGACAAAUUCUCCUUCUGCUCAUUCUUUGCACUCUGGAAAUGGCCUUGGAGACGCAGCAGUCUAUGAAGAUGACUUUGUGUCGUCACAGAGCAGCAAAACCACCGGCCAGUUAAAGAGAGGCUCCAAUUCUCCCAGCACCAACAGUCACUUUGAAGAGCUGAUGAGGAGGUCUCCUUAUGAGAAAAGCACAGGAGGCAUUUAUUCCCACCAUUCAUCUUUUCACUCGUCCAAUCACUCUCCGCAUCCUUCCUCUGGUUCAACAUCUGGCUCUUCACCCCACUCCAGGCAUUCUGCCAGAAAAAGAGGAACGGCAUCCGACCAGAGCGACGCCACUCUGGUGGAGGAGCAGAGGAGCUCUUGCUCACCGCCUUCAGAGUCACCAUCAUCUGAUUCCAGAAAAAGAAGCUCAGACAAAAGCUCUGCCCACAGCCAGGUCAAGAGUGUCCACUCUAAUGACACUUUAGGGGAAACUUCAGGCCAGUCUCACCAAAGGUCCAAAUUGGCCUCUCCUUCAGGCUCUCCAGACCCAGCUUCUCCUCCGGGACCAGACUCUCAGAGCGAAUCUCUGAGAAGUGGCUUUCUGGGCGCAAACGUCCCAAACACAAGCUCCUCAGCUCAAGGUGGUAGAGCAGAGGCUCGGCCCACAGGUGAGCUCCAGUAUUCACCCGCUGUGUUGCAGCAGCGUAUGGCAGCAGAGCUCCAGUACCUGGAGUCCAUCGAGGAGUCAAUGAGGCAGCUGGGGGAUGUGGAAAGGCUGAUGGGCGUGUCCAUGGCAAAGCAGGAGAGCGCGACAUUGGCCCAAAUGCUCAAGGCGAAGCAGCAGCAGCACGAACGCGACCUGUACGAGUUGAAGAUCAAGGCUGAACGAGAAGCCCUGGAGGCGAAGCUGCAGAUGGAGGAAAACAGACAGAGAGUGGCCAGGGCUCAUUUGGAGCUGCAGGAAAGCUUGGCGGCGACUCAAAAGGAGACUUUGGAAGGCCUCCAAGAAUCUACUACUAAGAUGAUGAGUCAACAGGCUGAGGCAGCGCGGUACACAGCCGAUGCCGCCCGACACAUCAAGGAGAUGACAGAAUUAGCGCGGUCGCAGAUACCAGGAACUGUGAUUGUUCCUGCUGUUGCCACUGAUUCCUCCAUGUUGGACCAGCGAGAGGAACAAGAGAGCUCCUAUACAAAGCAGCGACGCGACAAAGACGACUCUGACAGCUUUCAUAGUGAGGUGUCAAGCAGAAGGACCAGGUGUGAGGAGCCCCUGUCGUCCCUGAACAGCCUCAGUCACUCUGACUCCCUGUCCUUCAGAAGACCUGAUCUCAGCAUAUCUGCUUCUAGCAGCCACCAUAGCCCAUCACAUGUCUCCUCAGACACCAGAGAACGAACUAAUAAAGACGUAGUAGAGGGGAAACGGAGAACCGUAGGGGCUGAGGAAAGGCUGGAGAGGAAAGCAGCCAGCAGCUCCAUAGAGGAGGAAGUUCCAACAGCAGCGAAUGACACCCUCUGCAGUGACAGCAUCCCCUCUGUGGUGGAUGAGAAAGCAGACAGUACUUCAGUGGCCACAGAGUACUCACUCAAGUUCGAUGAGUCCAUGACAGAGGACGAGAUAGAAGAACGUUCCUUCCGGUCUCUUUUGCCGUCUGAGGCUCACCGCCGUGGAACUCUGGAGAAAAAGGCUCGGCACCACGAGGAAUCAGAGGACGAUGGAGCCAAUCACAACACAACAUUGGUUUCAGGAUCAGGGUUGCACAAUACUGUAAAGGACAUAACCUUUUCUGGUGGACAGGAGAGCUUCUCCCAGUUCACUAUGGACAUGGUGCGUCAGUACAUGAAGGACGAGGAGGUCAGGCUGCAGCACCAGAGCUCUCUGCUGCAUCUUCGCCAGAAAGCCCUCAAAGAGAAGACCAGAACGGAGCUAGCAUGGUUGGAGCAUCAGAAGAAGAAGCUGAGAGACAAGGGAGAGGAUGACAAAAUGCCUCCAAUCAGGAAGAAGCAGAGAGGACUUCUGAUGAAACUACAGCAGGAGCAGGCUGAGAUCAAGCGACUUCAGGAGGCCAACAAAGCAGCAAGGAAGGAAAGGCAGUUGUUGCUGAAGCAGCAGGAGGAGAUUGAGCGGAUGAGAAACUCAACACUCAGACUGAAGGAGCGACUGAAGUGUGCUGGGGUUGAAGCUCCGCCUGAGACUCCAGUGUCAGAGCUCCCAGAGUCUGAACCAGCCUCGCCCAGCAUGAGGCACCCUGAUGACAUCCGCAGUCCCUCCCCUUCGCUCUCCAUCUCAGGAAGUGAGACCAGCAGCAUCAUGCAGAAGCUCAAGAAGAUGCGCUCUCACAUGGAUGAAAAACACUGUUCUCCUGUCCACUACUUCUUCUCUGUGUUCACGGCCCACCACUGGGCCUCCCUCAGUGUCUGUCUUCCCAACCUCCACCCUAAAUUCCAGCUCUUUAUCUACAACCAGUUGGUCAGGUUCCUGACAAAGCGAGAGCAGCAGCUGAUGCAGAGGCGUCACCAUGCCGAAGAGCUGCUGCAGUGGAAACAGCGGCUGGACCAGGAGGAGGCAGAGGUCCGGCGGAUGGAGAAGGAAGCCCUGGCUGUGUGGGACCAGAACACGCCUCGGGACAAGGAUCUUAAAAUGUCAGAAAGUCAGGAAAAGGACAUCUCUGAUAUUAGCUCCCGCCACAGUCACCACCGAAACUCAGAGCCCCGAACUGACAGUGAGAAAGAGUAUGUGAGUGAGGGCGACUGUUCCUCAGCGACACCUGAGUCCAGUAUCCACACAGAGGGAUCCCAGCAACUGAGAAGUCCUUCCUCGGAACAACCUGCUUCGGUCGCUGAAACACCUUUGGCUUCGGUCCAGAGCAGCCCUGUGAAUUACACCCAGGACUUUACCUCAGGGUCACAGUCACCUGGCAGAAAAUCUUCUCCUCUCAAAGGCAGCCACAGCCCUGCUGCCUCUUCUUCAGAUGCCAGCAGUAAAACCAAGAUGCAGGUUCGUUCCACCUCCCGGACACCUAGCCAGGCCUGCACUCAGCCCACUGACCCUCCCAUGGUCACGCAGACUGAAACCAUUUCAGACCAGAGUGACAUAGAGAGUCGUAUCAAGGCCCUGAAGGAAGAACUCAGAAAACGUAAGUUUAUGGCCUACCAGCUGAAGAAAGAGCAGAAGAAGCGAAACAAGGAGCGGCUGAAGGCGCAGGAGGCCAGCCUGCUGAAACAGCUGGAGAACUAUAACAACUUUAUUGAGAAAACUAAAGCAGAACUGAACAAGGAGCCAGACUCAACACCUGACACCAACUCCCAGAUCAAAGAUUCCAGCUCCAUUUUAGAACAGUCCUAUAUUAAACCACCUCCAAACAGGUCUGAAACCAGUAAAAUCUCUGACUCUGAAAGGACACAAAUUCAUCGCGAUGCCCGUCCUCAGCCACACUGUAGUAGAUCCACUUCAGUGCCUGAAGAUUUCUCUGAUGACGAACCACAAACAGUCACUCCGACUGUGGCAGCACAUGGGAGCCCAGAAGAGAGGAGCCGUCUAUCCACAAAGGCUCUUUUAAGACCUCAUUCAAAAGAAGACAAAACAGAAUCUGCUGAUGAGAACAUUGUGUCUGAUCUUAGAUCUGAUAUUCAAGAAGAGCUGGACGUAGAGAUGAGCUCCAGGGUUGAGGAUGAAAGCUCUCAGCAUCUUUUCAAACUAGAAAAGGAAGACAGACCUGACUUCCAGGAGAGAUUGUCUACAUCUAAACACAUUUCCUCCUCCUUGGAUGAAGAACAUCAUUCUCAAUCUGUUAGCAUAGAACAGGAUAAACAAAUGAAGAAGGGGGAAAUAUCUGAAGGAGGGCAAUCUGUAAAGUCAAAUCUUAUCGACUCUCGACAACCAAUUUCAGCUGCUGCCGACCUCGAAACCUCGCCGCGUCCAGCCUUCAGCUCCUCAUCCAGUGAAGGUCCCUUCUCUUCAAAUAAAGAAGCUCCCAUCAAGGAUAAUGAGGCUUCUCCUGUUGCAGAUGGUUAUCACGAUGACUUCGAGUCGUCAGUGGAGUCUUCACCUAGAGAGGUGCAUCGUAGUUCCAAGCUUGACUCUCACUUUUCAGUUUCCCCCACUGAAAUCAAGGUUUCAAGAAAGGACUCCUCUAGCAGAGCUGCGUCAGAUGGCCAGGAUGAGGUGGUCGAUGAGGUAAUAGCUGAGGAGCUGAGUUACCGUUCUGAUGCAAGUGAAGCUAGCCGCCAAUCUGAAAGACUGUUAGAUCUCCUGAAGAGAACAGAAGAUUUCCAACCUGACAAUAAGAGCAGUACUUCACCACCUGUCUCCCCCCUGCAGACCCCUCUUUCUCCUCUUGAAGAUGAAAUGCCGAGCUUUAACAUCGGAGACCGGGUUCUUGUCGGUGGCGUUCAACCCGGCACUCUCAGAUUCAAAGGUCCAACCAGCUUUGCCAAUGGCUUCUGGGCCGGGGUGGAGCUGGACAAGUCUGAAGGGAGCAACAACGGUACUUACGAUGGCGUGGUUUACUUUGAAUGUGUGGAGAGCCACGGUAUCUUUGCUCCUCCAGACAAAAUCUCUCACCUCCCUGACAAAUUUGAGCUCUACACAGAUACCACAGAGGAUGAAGAUUCGUUUUUCGAUGACACGCCUGAUAAAGAUGAGAGUAAACGCAAAGCGGAUGAGGACAAUUCCCAAAAACAAGCUAAUCUGGAGAGCAGAAAUGAACAAACAUCUUGUAAAGACACCGAAUCUGAAGAUAAAAAUGUUACAAAUGAGUCUCUUCACAAGAGCCAGGCUCCACAAACGGCCAAAUCCCACCUCAAUUCACUGCAUCACAAGGAAUCCAAGCAUCCAGUUUCUAAUAGCAACACGAGGGACAUAAUGUUGGAUUUUGAAGACGCAUCUCACAAUCUGAUCAUAUCUGACAUGGAUAAAGUAGACUUUGUGAAGCAGAGUAAGAAGGAAAUUACAAGCCUAGUUGAGAGAGAAGAUUUAGACUCAAAGAGCUACCUUCCUCCUGCUGAUCUCACCACAGAUAUCAGAGAUGAUAAGAGAGAAGAGACAGACAGAGAUUUGCUGGACACAUUCGCAGACAAGCUCCUCAACAGCUUCAUGAAAGACACCGUGGCGGAGUUUGCUGAAAUUAAAAAGGCAAAAGAACAGAAGAUUGAAGCUGCCAACCAAAUGAAUGGUAGCCUGUUUGGAGAAACAAUUGAAGAAGAAGAGUGGAUGACCUCAGUGGAACAAAAAGAUGGCCUGCCCUUCUUUCUACCUGCUGAAAAGGAGGAACUGUCUUCUCCAGAACUGUGCAACCGACCUGAGAGUCCAGUGUUGGGGGCCAGUGGUCAAGAAGAGCUAGCCAAGCGACUAGCAGAGCUGGAACUGAGCCGCGAGCUGCUCGAUGAGCUAGGUGACGAUCAGGACUGGUUCGAUGAGGACUUCGGCCUCAGCUCACGUAGGGAACAGCAAAGACUCAAAGAGAAAGAGGAAGAGGAAAGGCUGGUGGGGGGAAGAGGAGACCCAUCAGGCAACAUAGCUAUAGGGGGGAUGGUUUCAUCUUCAGGUGGGGAGCAGCAGGUCAAGACUCCACCCAGACCUGAGCUGCCUCUACCCCUGCCUCCUAAACUACCUGAGCAGCCUGCCAUGGUGGUGCCCCACUCAGCCUCUGAGGUGGAGAAGAUGGUCUUCGCUGCCACACAGGAGAUCUGGGACAGCUGUGACCUCGGGAAGGAGGGAGCACCGACCCUCGCACAACUGUCAAACCCUCAACCUUCUCAAGAGUAUCUGGGCAAAGAGGCCGGCAGCCAGGACCAGGAGGCCCUCUCCAUCCGCAGCUACAAAAAGGCUGUAUAUGACCUGACGUGGGAGAUACUUCAGGACAUUUAUGCUGAAGACCCCAAUACUGAUCAGCCCCAGUGGUUGAAACCGCGACGAGUCAAGUCUUCCUCCUUUCACAGAGUCAAGACACCAGGAGACAUCACCAAAAUUCAGGAAUUCGUUGCAGCAGAAGUACUGAAACUUUAUGGUCUGACGAAAGAUCAGAACCAGAAGACUGACUGGCAGAAGAUGCUCAAAUUUGGCAGAAAGAAGCGGGACAAAGUCGACCACAUACUGGUCCAGGAGCUCCAUGAGGAGGAGGCCCAGUGGGUGAACUACGACGAGGACGAGCUGUUUGUGAAGAUGCAGCUGGCCGACAGCAUCUUCGACGCUCUGCUGAAGGACACCGCAAACACGCUCACGCUAAUUUCUGACAAGAGGGCCAGAAGAGACGCCCUCUCCUGAUGAACUUCUCGCUCCGAUGUUAAAACUACAACUUCUAGCUCAGUUUAAUUCCUGACCCCACCCCAGUGGACUCCAGCGACCUCCCGCCGCUCGGGCUUCCACCAGCUGACGUGCCAACUGCAACCCUCUGAUGCCUUCAGUCCCAGUAUUACCUCUCAGCUGAGCAACUUGUCCUCGUUUCUGUUUUCUGUUCGUUCGCUGAAUCUGCUUCAGCUGAAACCAUAGUGGUGAUGUCAUUUGUUUUGUCUUUUUUCUCCACACAAAACGCCUCUCAAGCAAUCCAGCCUUCGUAACCCUUAACACCAUCUAUUCUGAGCUCUGGCCUCCUGGACUGGUCCUUUGGUAGCCGCCAGCUGGAGGACGAGUAGAUGUGUCGACGGGAUGGACUGUGCCAUCUGUAAGCAUCUUAAAGUCCACGAAUGCUGCUACGCUGAUUGUUCCUCUGUGGACUUUAACUCACACCCACCUGAAACAAAAGGAGGUUGUUAAACUUUGUGUCGAAUAAGUAAAUAUAUAUGAAAUUGUAAUAGAAGAGCAGAUGAAGUCAAGACAGCGCAGUUUGGGUUUUGGUUUACUGUGUUGGCUUUAGAAUGAAACGAUGAGGUUCAAGUGGUGACUUUUAGCUUUCAUUUUAGGGCUUUUGCAUCCAUAUUAAGGGAUUAGCUCUUUUUUUUACAAACACUCCUAUUUUGGAGGCUUGUAAACUUGCCUUAAAUGAAAAAAACUGACUGGAAUCUUCAAUUUUGUCCAGUUCUUGCUUGUUUACAGACUUGCAGAUUGUAGUCUGGUCCAAAUGCAGCACGAGCUAGUUGGGUUAAAGUCAGGUAACUUACCCAGCUUGACUGUAUGUGCUGCAAAACAGCCUUUUUUUAGGGACUAUGCAUAAAAAAAUCUGAUAUUAUUCACCCAAUAUGGAUAGAAAACAACACAUUUAAAGCUGAAAGUCAUCACUUUAACAGUUUGUCUUUCCCACUGCGCUCUACUGGAACAUCGCUGAGUUCACAUAUUAUAUGGAACAUUUUGCCUCCUUAAUUAUUUAUUGUGUGGGAACGUCUGAUCAGAAGAGAAAGGAGCGUUCAGAAUUGUAAAUGUUCUCGUGUAGAAAAAAGUUUUAACAGUGUGUAAAGAAAAUCUAACGUUAUUGUAAAAGCACAAAUAGAAAUGUGAAUACGGCAAUACAUUAUGUAGGAGAAACCAGGAGGCACAAAUCUGUUUUAAUAUUUAAAGUGUUGAUAAUUGAAAUAGUUUAAUUUGUGAUUGUCCAAUCACCGCGUCCCACCUCUGUACUAUAUGAUAGUAAUAUAUAUCUCUAGCAGGCUGCACAGAAACUGUCCUCGUGGGAGAUUUUUCUUUUUGCAGCAACUGAAACUGUUUGAAUUCUGUUUUUUCACUGCCAGCUGCUCAGCUUUUGUCGCUUCAUUGUGCGACACAAGCAUCCAUCUGCAUCCCGUUUAAUAAAACAGAGCCGAGUUUAGUGUGCAAGCUGGCGGCUUUUGAAGUUUAACAAACUCAAAAUACAUGUUAGAAUGUAUAAAUAUAGUAUGCAGGUGGGACACAGAAGGCCUGACAUGAUUUUUUUUUUUAGAAAUCGCAUUAUGGGACAGUACUGAAAUGCUGGAUUUGAGCCUUACGCAUCCUCCAGUCCAUUUUCCUUCCUGAGAAACCACCAGAGGUUUGUCUCGUCUCUUCAUCGGUUAUCGGCAGAGCAUUUACCCCGAUGAAAACAUCUGCUCGGCUACACGCUCCACUUCCAGCCAUCAGUGGGUCCAGACAGAAGCCCGUUAAUGUAGCCGGACUGCAGACUCUUUCCAUGUUCUGUUUAAGUGCCUCUUUGAGUUGUAGAUGUCUAAUGACUUGUGUUGAUGUCUCCGCAUCCCCCCUUUGGACCUAUUUUCUUCUUCGAAUGUCUCUUUCAACUGCUGUAUAUUACCAUUUUUUGGUAAACUGAUCCUCAAACGGCUGCUCUUCCUUUUUACCGGUUUACCGAUGGUUCAGUUUCUGCCUUAUCGAGUCUUUCUGUAGCGCAGUUGAGGAAGUUUUUUAACAAACCCUCUCGUUUCCCUGAGGAAAUACUUGUAAAUCGAAAGUCUAAAAGUCACCUGCUUGUCGUGAAUCUGCGCAUAUAGACGCGAGCGGAGUCAUUUUAUGGGUAUGCUGUAUCAGUUUGUGGAAGUAGGACUGUUUCUAAGGGCUUAUCCAGUCCCUAACUGAGCUUGUUAAUCCUCACCGACUGUUUGGAGCUAAAGUGACCUUAAACUCAGUCUUUUUUUGUUGUUGUUUUUCUACUGUCAGUGUUUUAACAGUUGCUAUAAGAUAAUGUGUUCAAACUGUAAAUUAUAUAAUGUAGAAAAAGACCAAAAACAUUUGAUACCGAUCGUGUGUCCAUGCUGUAAGACUCUAACGUCGUAUUUAACCGUGACCCUUCUGGCAUCGUCCUCCUGAACUGAUUGUACGCGAGAGGAGCUCCUCUGUAACUAUGCAGUACUCGUUGGUUGUUUUGUACAUGUGGACCAAGCAGCUCAGACCUCAGCUGUAGUCUGUAGAGAGGAAAAUGAAUCUUCAUGUAGCCCGAAGCUGUUUGGAGCAGCUUCGCCUUGAAUAAAAAAAAAUACGUACGGUUUGAUCCGAGGAAUUCAAAAGUUGGCACAAAACGUUUGUCACAUUAAGCCCCCUCUCUUCCAUCUUCUCAGAUGUUUAUGAGUAUUUAUAAUAAUUUGCUGUGAGUGCGCUCCAAGUGCACUUGAAGCCUUGUACAAUUCUUUCUCUUUUUUUGGUUUUCUGGGUGUAAAUAUUGCGUCUCGUCAGAUCCGACCCGCCGUUACUGUAUCCCGACGAUUGUUGUAAAAGAAAACACUGUUUACUCUGCAAAUAUGUACAUAGUAUAUAUUUGUUAACUAAAUGAAAUUUGAACCUGUAAAUAAAGCUUUCAUCGUUUCUAAAGGAA